AAUUGUCAUUCCCUUCCUCAUCUAAACUUCUCUAACCAGAAGUCAUCCCCCGCGUGCGAGACACCCUGAAGCAAGAAGGGGAGGAAGCAGCCCUCUCUUGGCUUUGAAAUGGCGAUUGCACCUCUGCCUCCUCCGCCACCUCCCUGUAUUUACAUCGACCUCCUGCCGAACCCGAAAGCGUCGUAUCCGACUGACAGGCCCCUCGUAUUUAACAUUUGCCGUCGCCCCUGAUACUCCCCCUUACCCUUCCCUGGUCCCCACGGCCAAAAGCAGGAGAGGAACCUGUUGAAGAUGGAGAGCGGCGGUGCUCGCGCCGCCUCGGCCCUGCUCUCUCUCCUCGUCGCUGCCGCCUUCCUCCUCAGCGCUGCCCAUGCCAAAGUCCACUACUACGAUUUCGUCCUGAGAGAGAAAAACUACACGAGGCUAUGCAGCACGAAGAGCAUGCUGGUGGUGAACGACAGCUUCCCAGGGCCUGUGAUUCGAGUCCAGAAAGGGGACACGGCGUUCGUGAAUGUGCACAACCAGGGCGAUUAUGGAGUCACCAUCCAUUGGCAUGGCGUGAAGCAGCCGAGAAAUCCGUGGUCGGAUGGUCCGGAAUACAUCACCCAGUGUCCGAUCGAGCCGGGGACUAACUUCACAUACGAAGUCAUAUUCUCAACGGAAGAAGGAACUCUCUGGUGGCAUGCGCACAGCGAUUGGACCCGAUCGAGCGUUCAUGGAGCCAUAGUGGUCUAUCCAGGCGACGGAACCUCCUAUCCUUAUCCUACGCCCGACGACGAAGAGGUCAUCGUUCUCGGAUCGUGGUAUAUUGCUGACGUUAACCAAGAAGUCGCUGAGGACCUGGUAACCGGGGCAGACACUCCUCGUUCCAAUUCUUAUGUGAUCAACGGACAACCCGGCGAUUUUGCCAAUUGCUCAAGAAAUUCGACGUACCGCAGGGUGGUCGAUUACGGCAAGACCUACCUUGUCCGGAUCGUGAACGCGGACAUGAACGCGGAACUCUUCCUCGCGAUCGCCGAGCACAACAUGACCGUCGUGGGAAUGGACGGCAACUAUGUGAAGCCCGUGAUGGUGGACUUCAUCAUGAUAAGCCCCGGGCAGACCAUGGACGUGCUGGUCACGAUGAACCAGGCCCCGGGCCACUAUUACGUUGCCAUAAGGCAGUACGACUCGGCCCGGCCGGACGUCACGGACUAUGACAAAACUAAUGCCACUGCGAUUUUCAUGUACAGCGGCAACUACACCGCGCCGGCCAGUCCCGUCUUCCCUCAUAGCUUGCCAACAUACGAGGACUUCAUCGCGGCGGACAUUUUUCUGGCGAAGCUAAGGAGCCUGGCCAGCACAGAGCACCCUGUAGAUGUGCCGAUGAACAUAACCACGAAAAUGUACAUCACAGUCGAGAUGAAUCAGAUCCUCUGCCCGAACGAAUCGUGCGAAGGGAUUAACGGGAAUCGGCUCGUGUCGAGCUUGAACAACAUAAGUUUUCUGAACCCCUCAACUGAUGUACUUCUUGCCUACUACAGGAACUUGAGCGGAUAUUACACCCCGGAUUUCCCCAAUUGGCCCCCGACGAUGUUCAACUUCACGCAAUCAGAUCUGCCCUUCAACACGACGAUACCGAUACAGGCGACGAAGGUGAAGAUGCUGGAGUACAACGAGGAAGUCGAGAUAACAUUCCAAGGGACCGAGGUGCUGAACGCGUCGGAAAACCAUCCGAUGCACCUCCAUGGGUACAGCUUCUACGUCAUGGGGUCGGGCUACGGAAACUUCGACAACGAGACCGACCCGUUGACGUACAACUACGUCGACCCGUUGGAAGUGAACACGAUCGGAGUGCCCAAGGACGGAUGGGUCACCAUCAGAUUCAAAGCAAGUAACCCAGGAGUAUGGUUUUGGCAUUGCCAUUUGGACCGACACCUAAGUUGGGGCAUGAGCACGGUGAUGAUAGUGAAGAACGGUGGGACACCGGAGACGAGCGUCCGACGUCCUCCUCCUUAUCUGCCUCCUUGUCAAGCCUCUUUCGCGACCUAUUUAGAGCCGUUCGACGACCAAACAGAUCAGAUCAGACUCUUCUCCAAUUAAGUUUUUGAACACCUCUCCGCCCUCUGAUGCACUUAUGAGAUAUAUCCGUACAUCAGUAAUUGCGAAAUCAUCUUGGUAUAGGCUAUGUACAUCGAGCGUUCGUUGCUCUGCGAAAGCCCGGUGACUGGGAAUUAGUGUUUGUGGUGCUAGGAAUGAGGAUGCGAUUAUGAGAUCUUUCGUGUAAAAAAGGAUAGUGGACUUUCCUGUGAACGAAACCUCGUUUUUCUCUGCCAGUUGAAUCGCCGGUUGAUUGUCACCGUGCA